CAGGGGUCUCAGGCUGCAUUCAUCGUCUCCUCAUCCACGGUGACUAUGACACUGAUGCACACAUAUGUUCUUUUAACGUCUCUUUGCAGCACGUGGUUUGCGCCUUCCUCCGUGCUGUCAAUGCAGUGCAUGGUUACGCAAUAUGCGUGGCCUGUAAAGGCUCCCCACAGUUGCUGUGACAAGUGCCCGCCAGGUAAACACAUGAUCCGGCGCUCGCCAACCGAUUGUGAGAUGAAGUGUGGACUUUGCGCAGGUGACCGCUACGCUGACUCCUACAACGUGCAGAUGACCUGCGAUGUUUGCAGAAUGUGUGACAAACCCAAUAUGGAGUACGAGUCCAAGUGCCAAACCUCUCGAAACGCUGUGUGCAGAUGUAAAGCGGGCUACAAAUGCACAGAUGAGGCGUGCGCACAGUGUUUGCACAUACCAGGAGCAGUCAAGUCCAGCACCGCAGUAGCCGAUUUCUCACCAGAGAGUCCUGGUUCCCCAACACCUGACGCGGACCUCGCUGACCCGGGCGACGUCAGAGCCAAUGCAAAACGGUACUUGGUGGAAAUUCUCCCCCUGUGUGCAGUCAUAGCAGUCACUGUCUUUGUGCUGGUCUUUGCCUUUGUACGCUGGAUCAGAUCCAAGCACGGCUACUAUUCGAGAGACAAACGGGCUGCAUUACCUCCGAGCACAGAGGAAGAGGAGGUGUGCAAGCCUGUCCAAGAAAUGUGCGGCAAAUGUGAGCAAACUUUGGAGGUUUGAAUUUUUGUUAAUGGACCACAGUCAGCUGCUUGUGUUUCGAUGUCAAAAUACAAUACACACGUGUGGGACAUGUAUGAAACGGUCAUGUGUGGAUAAAAAGUGGCACAGCGAUUCGCUGUAAGAUUGUACAAAGUAACUGCAAGGUUUUCCACUCGAUUUCCUUAAAUAGUGGCUGCGGAUGGGGUGUUUAUUUACUCAACUGCAGCGUACUGGGCUUCUUUUUGAGAAAAGGUUUUUAUUUGUACAAACACUUGUGUAUGGAAAUGUUUUCCUUUGUGUUACAAUCGGAGUGGAAUGUGGCUCAGAUGAACAGUUUCUGUUCUUGUGGCCUUUUAUUCAUGGUUCCUAUCAAUAGCGCAGUUAGAUCUGCCAAGCCGGGCACACAGAUAAUCAGGCCAUAUUUGAAAAGCUUUCCUCCCUCGCGAACAAAGUCAGCAAAAGCACGCUUAUCAUGUCUCUAAAACAUGGGUGUCAAAAUCUUUUUACGUCUUUUUUACGGAGCCUGCGAAAUCUUUUUUACAAACUGGCCCUAAAAACGAUACUAAACAAAUGCACGGGCAAUUACGUAAUGUGACUGGGUGAAUAUUAGGCUAGCCUUGCGCUCAAGCCACGGCCAUGUCUGUAAACAAGCACAGUGCAGCUCAGCUUCUGGCUCGCUGACGUCAUGGAAAGCCAUGUUUAAAAAAAAGUAGCGUGUUGCAACUUCCAUACUCUUCAAAGCAAAAUCAAACGGCAUUACAGUUGUUCCUUGAGAUAAGAGUUUAAUUCGUUAGGUGAAGGUUAGGUUUUUUAAAUACACAAUUAAUCCACUUUGUUUGAUGUUUAGUUUGACAGUAAACUUCAAGUGGGAGGGGCCAUAAACAGCUUGUAGCCUCUUUUUUUGAAGAAUUGCUCACUAUCUGUCAAACUACUGCUUUUUGUGACGCGAGCUGAAUUGAAUUCACUUCCACCAUACAGCAUUCAUAUCUGAAGUUUGCACUCACAAGUCAAAGCAAAAAAAAUAUUUGGUCGAACGACGGCUCGUAUUUCGAAAAAGCCGUAAGUCUGCCCACUCGUAUCUCAAGGCAAGACUCUAUUGAUGUUUUUAAGGCAUGACAAUUCACACUGUUCAAACUGUUACUGUUUCAUGUGUCUGUAUUCUUCAUUUCCUAAAAAGAAGACAAACUGUUCAUGUUGUACUUUCCUGAAAAGAUUCAACCUGUUAUUUCAUUUCAAAUGUCGUUCAAUCUGCUCCUGUGUAAGCAAAAUAUAAGCAGUUCGUUUUGCAUUUUGUUCUCUUACUGCGCCAAAUGUUCACACAAACUGUAACCUUACAUCAAUAAAUACAUACCUUGUGUGU